AUGGUUGCAAUAAAUUUAUAUAGGAUAUUUGAACUAUCCACAGCGACAACAGCAUGUGCUUUAUUCAUAUUAAAUAGUCUUUUAUUUGUUAACUCACAAUAUGCAAAUGAAGGUCAAAGCACAUUAAACGAUGUACAACCACUUAGAGCAUGCAAUGGAACAGAUAUUGAUACAAGAGGUUAUGAUGGUUCUUGCAAUAAUAUAAAAAGAUCUAAUUGGGGUGUACCGAAUCGUGUGUUCGACCGUGUUUGGUUUGAUCCCAAGUAUGAAGAUAAUUUCACUGGAGCUCCAUUUUUGAAAGUUGAUUCUCGUAUGAUUUCAAAUUUAUUAUCCGAUGAUGGUCUGCCAGUUGAUUAUGCCGGUAAUCCGUUACAGGAUGGUUUAUUAUCUGAUGUAAGAAAAUCAAUGUUUGAAAUUUUCUUUGGACAAUUUAUUAACCAUGACCUUGAAGAUUCAGCUUUACAAAAUGGUAUACCAGGAUAUGCAAUAGCAGACGUAACUCAAGAUCCAAUAUUCAAAAAUACAGCAGAUAAUCCAUUUAAUCCUACAAAUACUGCUAACGCAUACCUUGACCUAUCUAACAUAUACGGUAAUGACUCUACCAUGAACACAGCACUUCGUGAUCCAAAUGGUCGUGGUUUAAUGCUUCUCGAGGAUUAUAAAACAGACGGUGGUGCAUAUAAUACAAAAUUAGUAAAUGUGACGGUUAAGCAAAUGCCUCCAAGUCCUCUUUCCACCGACAUUUUUCCAAAUCUCACUCCUCCUCCAAUAAACGCAUCUGACGCCAUGGUUAGCGGUGACACCCGUUGUUCUGAAAAUAUUCAAUUAUGUAUAAUGCACGCAAUUUGGAUAAGGGAACAUAAUUUUUGGGCAAAAAAAUUAUUAGCUGAAAAUCCUACUUGGGACGACACAACAUUAUUUGAAAAUGCUAGGCGUGCAACAAUUGCCGAGUAUCAAAACGUAAUAUUUUCAGAAUACCUUCCUGCCAUAUUAGGUUUUAAAAUGCCACCUUAUUCUGGUUAUGAUGAAAAUGUUUAUGCCGAUACCUCUGCAGUAUUUGCCGGCGCUGCUUUCCGUUACGGUCAUUCAAACAUCCGACCUUAUAAUAUUGUUGAUGGAUGUACUGGUAAACCAAUUGUCAUCCAUCCCGACUACAGCUAUCCAAAUACUCACCCAAAUCGUUUCAUGUUUGUUGGCAAAACUUUUCCUGUCAGUCCUGUACCUGGUUCCACAUUAACUCGUAAAGUGUUGGAUUACACACCUGCUAGAAUUUUGGCACUUGCGUCUGGGACGCAUGGUGACGGUGUAGAUAAUGUUAUUGUUAGCAUGUUAAGAGAGCCAACUGCACAAUUUGAUUUAAAGAUCACUAGUGCUCUAAGAAACAUCCCUGGUCGUUUUAUGGGUCUUGCAGAUUACAACACAUAUCGUACAGUAUAUCACCCAGCAGGAAGUGUCUACUCCAAUGCAGCAUGCGAUAUAAAUGCAGCAACUGAUUCUGUAGCAUGUUUUCAAUUAAUUACUAAAGAUGAGAAAGUUGCCACAAAUCUUCAACAAUUAUAUCAAAAAGUCAACGCAAUGGACGCUAUUGUUGGAUUCUUUGCCGAGGACAGAUUAGCCGUAACAUCUCCACUACCGCCUACAAUCACUAAUAUAAUAAAGGAUGAAUUUGAUAGAAAACGUAUCAGUGAUCGUUUCUGGUACGAGGGUACUACGUUCACCGAUGCAGAAAAAGCUCAAAUCAAAGCUACAACCAUGAAGCAAAUUAUUGAAAGAACCACUGGUGUUAAAAAUGUUCAAAUUAAUCCCUUCAAAGCACCUGUUGGUAAUAAUUUACCAACUGCAUGUACAGCAUAA